GAGCGAACCCACUUAUAAGGUCCAAAACCCCCUUACCAACAAAAUCAAACCCCACAACUCCCCUCGCUCUCGACUCUUGCCCCCUCUGUUUUUCUUUCGCUCGUCGUUUCAAGUUAAUAGGUGCAAUGAAACUCAUUCGAAGUGUACUGUUGUCUGCAAAUAAUGGUUUGUCUCGCCAAUUUCAAAGGCCUCAAGCAGUUCGGGCUUUUUCUGCCAGCCCAUUCUCAGGUACUGAUGAUAAGCAGAAUUCUAACUCAAAUGAGUCUUCUGAAGAAUUUGAGCACCGGAUUUUUGGUGAUGCUUCCAGGAGUGGUCCAAGUUUUAGUUCCUUUUAUCAAAAGCUUGAUAAAGCUGAGAAGGCGCAUGACCUAUUUGGUUCCGGAUCUAAAUUCAAUGCUGGAAACAGAUCUAAUUUCUUGGAUGGUCUAGAUGAGAGUUUCAACACAUUGUCUGAUGGGAUGGAUGAAAAAUUGAAGAAAGCAGCCACGUACUUCGAUUUUGAUCCUGAUGAAAUAAGUAAAGAAGAUUACGCUUACAGACCAGAUAUGAAUUUCUGGACUGGGAACUCUUAUGAUGUCAAGGAUCUUGACAUGAGGAAGCCUGGAAUUCGCAAGCCCUACAAAAGGAAUGAGUUUGAAACGACAUCAGAGGAAGUUUUACGUAAAGCUGAUUUCAGGAAUGUCAGAUUUCUUGCGAACUUCAUCACUGAGGCUGGCAUCAUCAUCAAAAGGAGCAAGACUGGAAUCAGUGCUAAGGCCCAGAGGAAGGUUGCUCGUGAGAUCAAGACUGCUCGUGCUUUUGGUUUAAUACCUUUCACCACAAUGGGAACUAAACAAUUCAUAUAUGGCAAAACAAUGGAGGAUCUAGAUGAAGAUUAUUCAUAUGAGACUUAUGAUCGCGAUUUUGUUGAUGAUGAAGUGGAGACCUGAACAGCCUGUUUGUUUUGAUUACCAUUCGCAACCAAGAAAAAAACCACAAUUUUUGGCACGUAGAAGUAAUGAAUUUUCAUACAGUUGGUUUUGUACCAUGUUGCUUCUCGUACUCGUGGGACUCGGUAAUUCUCAAGGAUAUUCACCCUGGAUGGUUGGAUGGUGACUUUUGUCUUCAUUUUCUGUAACCUUUUUAUGUUGGAAUAUGCAUGUAUUGUUAUUGGAACUGCGAGUUGUACCCUUUAGUGGAUAAAGGCGUGAAAUUUUCGAAUUUGUUGAACCCUCUGAUCGCCUACUGGAACUUAGGCGGGCUUCCUCCAUUCUUUUUCAAUUUUUCGAAUUUUCAAUAAGGAAUAAAUAUUUUCUCGUGUGUGAAA